CAUCACACAAAACUCGGUCAGCGAAGGCAUGCAACGCACCAUGGCCCUCCCUACCGCCCCGUUUUGACAUCCACCGCGUAGCAGGUGCGUAGCCACGCCGGCACAUCCAAAGCUCCUCCCAUCCAUCAGCAUAGCAUGCAAGCAUGGCUUCCGAUCAUCCCCCACCCAACUCAUCAUCCAACACUGCUCCUCCCUCCAGCAGCCUAGCGGGAGCAUCCAGCUUGUACGCUGGCAUCUUUGGCUCGGACACUGCUGCUGGGGGCAGUGAUGGCUCUCAGAAGGUACAGCAGGAUGGCAGCGCGUCCAGCACGAGCGCUGCCACCUCCACCUCUGCUCCAACCUCCGCAGCUUUGACGAGCGCCGGCGGGGCCCAGGCAUGGUCAGCCUCGCUGCGAUUUGCGCCCAGAGCUCAGCCGCGAGUCAAGGUGGGAGCAUCUACAGGCAAUAUGGCCCGAAAGUCAAGCAGCAGCGUGCAGUCCAAAGCGUCAGCAGACGCUCCUCGAGCAUUCGGCAACGAUGACUCGAUGGGCCUCGACGACGACGAAGAGCAGGGUGUGGGGCUCGACAAUCGAUCAGCUGGAUAUCGAGCUCAUGCUCACGCAGGCAAAGCUGGCAAAGGUGCUACUGCUGCUGCUGCUGCUGCUGCUGCUGCCAACGAGACGGAUGCUGUUGCGACGAGUGAAGUGCCUGCCCAACCUACCCUCUCUACGCGGCAGCAACCGCCUCGUGCUGCGUUUCGGGCUGCACCACCAGACGAGGCGCAGCUCGCUCCAUCCUCCGCUACACCUUCGAUCAGCAUUGCGCCCCCUGCAAACAUUCCGCAACAGGAGCUGGAUGCGGAUCAAGCCAUGGCAGCUGCGGAUCUUGUUCUACGAGCUGAAGCAGAGGGGCGCGGGGAAGGUUCAUCGCAGUGGGGCGAGAGGCCCAGGUGGAGGGACGAUGAGGAUGGCGAAGGGGAGGAGGAGGAUGUCAACGGCUUCAGAAACUCAGAGGCUGGCAGGAAGCGCAAAAAGAAAAAAACUCGUGCCCGUUCGCCUGCUCUCACAAAGCUGGAUAUGAAUGCGGACUACGAUCCUCGCGUACCGAACUCCUACACCGAAUACAUUCUCAUGCGAUCGGCUAGGCGAAGAGCGGCUUGGGAAAGGGAGAGGCGAAGAUUUGCCCAGCUGCACGGAGCAGAUCCUGAUGACGAGAUGAUGGGGCUGCAUGGCGGCGCAGAUCUGGACGACCUGGAUCGCAGAGAGAGGUUUGCUCGGUUUGCGCCUCCACCCGGUCUGUACGGUGCACUGAGCUCAGGCAGAGACGCCAUCGCAGCAGCAGACGACGACGACGACAAGCCGUACAUCUCGCUCACCCCUCCUCCUGAGCCACGUGACGAUGCGGGCGAACCACCAUCAGAGCCGCCUCCGCCACCGUUUGCAACAACUGUUCCCGCAUCGAAAGCUAUGACUGGGGAGGAAGCGUACGCUCGAAGGCUCGCCAUGUCCAGCGCGUCUGCAACGGCAGCUCCGCCUCCAUCCUCUGCACCUCCGGGGCCCCCUCCUGGACCGCCUCCCGGACCCCCUCCUGGCCUACCGCCUCCUACCGACCUCACAAAUGCUCCAUCUCAGCCUCAACAAGACCCGACUUCUUUCGCCGCUCGGCAGUCUGCAGCAGCCGCGAUCGCGGCAAAACUGGCAGCUCUGCAAAACAGCGCCGCAGCUUCGACCCCUGUCAAGCAGCCCGUUAUCUCGUGGGUCAAUCGAUCGGACGGUGCAGCAGCUGGACCCGGUCAAGGAGCGCAGCGAGAUCAAAAAGGCUUUGCGGCGAGAUUGAUGGCAAAGCAGGGAUGGGUAGAAGGCGAAGGCCUCGGUGCUGCAGGUAACAAGGGCAUCGUGACCCCUCUGAUGGCUGCCAAGGAAAAGGCAGCCUCGGAGAAUAGGUGGAAGGGCAAAGAAGAUAACCCAACAAACAGGGCUAUGGGCAGGAUCAUCCAUGCCGAGAGCGCAGACAUGAAGAAGAAGCUGGAAGAAGCGUAUGGCCAGCCAUCCCCCGUCAUUGUGCUCGACAAUAUGAUUGGAAUCUCUGAAAUUGACGACGACCUCCCGGCAGACGUGGGCGACGAGUGUUCCAAGCAUGGAUACGUGGAAAGGGUCGCCAUUUGGCCCUGCCCAACAGAAGCAGACAUGGAGAGGGUGCGCAUAUUUGUCAGAUUCUCUGGACAUGCGGGUGCCUGGAGAUGCGUCAAGGAACUGGACGGACGUUUCUUUGGAGGCAGGUCGGUGCGAGCGAGGUACUACCCUGAGCAAGCUUUUGCCAAUGGACAGUACGAACAUCGCUAGCACACUCGAUACCCGGUGCUGCGGAAGAAACGCUCCAGCGGAGGGCGUCGUGUUGGUAUAUGCUUAUGACAUCUCUGCCAACUUGCGUUUAAUUCACACAUAUGCGCCUCCACGCAGCAACCUCAAC